AUGGCAGAUGCUUGUCGAGUUCGUGCUGAGCGCCGGGCCGCCCGCGUCGCCCAGACGGUGCCGGUAGGCGACGGCGCUCCCUGUCAUUCUCCGUCGCUCGCGGCCAACGCCGCCACCGGCCCCAUGGCCCACGAGCAGCAGGCUUCAUCGAUGCAGCCUUCUGUGCGGCGUGAUGGGCGCACCGCCACCCUGUAUUGCCUGGAAGAUGAUAUCAUAGAGGAAACAGAGCCAGAAGCCCACUUGCAAGGAACAAUUCAAGAACAAAUGCUCUAUAACAGAAAGACACUAAGAGAAAUAACUAAAACUGCAUAUGAAUCUAAAAAACAGGAAAAGUUCUAUACUGCAGAAGCAACCAUUAAGUCAAUUGAUACAUCAGAUGAGUGGUACUACAUAGGAUGCGGCAAAUGUAACAAAAAACUACAAAAAGAAGGGAAUCACUUCUACUGUCCAAAAUGUGAGAAAGAACCUGAGAAGACAUGUCCAAGGUACAAACUUAAGCUAGAGAUAUGUGAUCAUACUGCAACAACAACUUGCACCAUGUUUAAGACAGAAGCAAAAAAACUGAUUAAGCAAUCUGCAAGAUUCUUGAUAGAUAGGGAUGACUGUGAUAUCCAUGAGCAGGCAGAAAAAUUUCAGAAAAUAUAUGGGCAGGGAUUGAUUUUACAAUUACACUGUUCAUAG